GAUGGAGCGUCGCCGUGCCUCCGGGCCUCGGAGCAGGAAAGGCAAGAACGGCACCGCGCUCGUCACGCGGGGAGACACGCCUGCCCUGCGCCCUCCGUCCACUGGACCUGCACUCCACUUCCCUGCCCAGAGAGGAGGAAACGGUGCCCGCGACCGCACGCCCGGCACGCCUCUUUCUGUGGACGGACACGCGAUACCGGAAGUGGGCGGGGUAACCUGAAAGCGCUUCCGGGCGGCUAGCGGCAAUUGAGUUGCAGGUGAGCGGCGGGUUCCCGUCCGCGUCCCGCCGACGGGCGACUGGACGCCCUCGCCCCACCGCGGCUGUCCAGGGUAGCCUUGCCUGAGCUCAAAAUGAACUAUAUGCCCGGCACCGCCAGCCUCAUCGAGGACAUCGACAAAAAGCACUUGGUCCUACUUCGAGACGGAAGGACACUUAUAGGUUUUUUAAGAAGCAUUGAUCAGUUUGCUAACUUGGUCCUGCAUCAGACUGUGGAGCGCAUUCAUGUGGGCCAAAAGUACGGUGAUAUUCCUCGAGGGAUUUUUGUGGUCAGAGGGGAAAACGUGGUCCUGCUGGGAGAAAUAGACUUGGAAAAGGAGAGCGACACGCCCCUUCAGCAAGUGUCUAUUGAAGAGAUUCUAGAGGAACAGCGGGUAGAGCAGCAGACCAGACUGGAGGCAGAGAAGCUGAAGUUUCAGGCCCUUAAAGACCGGGGCCUCUCCAUCCCUCGAGCAGACACUCUGGAUGAGUACUGAGGCCUUUGCUCUAGAGAGCAAGGGCUUGUCACCUGGUCACCUCACACAUUGACCAAAGACUAUCUAGUGAAAAGUGGUCUUAUUCUUUCACAUAGGCCACUGUGAAGAUAUCAUGCAAUUUUGUUUUGUUUUUAACAAAAUCAUUGUAUGUUUUGUUUUGCUUUU